GCGCCGGGAGGCGGGGCCUCAUCAGCUGUUUGCGGGAUGCCCUGAGCGGGCGUAUUUUGGAAACAAUACCGCACCGUGCGGAGUGGCCUCCUCCCGCGCCCGCUGCCGCCGCCGCCCCUGCCCGCGCCUCCCGCUUCCCGCCGCAGCCCGCUGGGCUGUUUCCCUCCUUCUCAAUCGAGUCCGGGCGCCGAGCCCCCGAGCGCUCGUCACGCUGGACCCUGGCGCAGAGCCCUGGCAUCACGACUCGGAGGCUGAGACCCUCUCCUGGAGUCACCCAGGGGACAUGGAGCCACCUCAGUGUGUGGAGGAGCUGGAGGAUGACGUGUUCCAGCCAGAGGACGGGGAGCCGGGGACCCAGCCCCAAAGCUUGCUCUCUGCUGACCCGUUUGCCCAGAGCCAGCUGGACUGCCCCCUGGGGCGGCUGCACCUCUUCCCUCUCACCCACUGCUGUGGUCCUGGGCUGCGACCCACCAGCCAGGAAGACAAGGCCACCCAGACCCUCAGCCCCGCCUCCCCGAGCCAAGGGGUCAUGCUGCCUUGUGGGGUGACCGAGGAACCCCAGCGACUCUUUUAUGGCAAUGCUGGCUACCGGCUCCCUCUCCCUGCCAGUUUCCCUGCAAACUUCGCGCUGGGGGAGCAGCCCCCUGAAGGGCAGUGGCAGCAUCGAGCAGAGGUCCAGAUUGCUCGGAAGCUUCAGUGCAUUGCUGACCAGUUCCACCGGCUUCAUUUACAGCAACACCAGCAGAACCGAAAUCGCGUGUGGUGGCAGAUCCUCCUCUUCCUGCACAACCUGGCUCUGAAUGGUGACGAGAACAGGGAUGGGGCAGGUCCUAGGUGAGGCUGGGCCGCCGCCCCCUGCGCAUGAGCACCAGGAACACCGGCUGGAACAGAGCCAGGACUGACGCUGUGUCUUGUGAACUUGGCUUUGGUGGUUGUUGUAUUUGUUUGUUUUUGUUUUUACAUUUCUCUCUGUACAUACGACAUUCCCCAGGGGAACCUUCUUGCCUUGUUCAGGAGCAAGGGCCUUUGUCAAACACUGUUCAAGGAUAGGCUGUGCGUCUACGAUGCUGGCAACUCCCAGGGGCCCUGACGGCAGAUGUCAAAUCUGCCCCCUUGGUGAUGUCCAGGGAGUUGACUGUAAUUUCUCCACAGGCGCUUGGUUGAAAAUAGGACACUGGGUUGUCUCCCAGUGCCACCUAACUAACCUGCCAGCCCUCCACUGCGGAUGGGACCUUCAUCCUGAGAGUCACCUGCUUCCACUCCCCAGGGCAUGGCCAGGGGCCUCUAGGCUGAGGCAGGUCACUAGGCUGGCCAGACGGCCAUGGUCUCCCCCGCCACCCAGCCGCUGCCAGCCCCCAGGGCUCAGGGAUCCUUGCCCAAGCCCCUGUUGCCUCCAGCAGACCUCAGGGAGGGAUGGGUUCCUCCAGGGACCCUUUGACUGUGCCAUGACAUGAACCCAACUUCCGGGAAGGCCUCAAAUCUGACUUGGUCCCAUGUCGAGGGCCCAGGAUCGGUCCUGGGGUGCCGGACUGCUGCCACCUGCGGCUGCCUGGGACUGGCAGGUGCCAAUCGUGGAGGAGCUGAGUAGCCCAUCACCGUGCUGCAGCCAGCAGCUCGUGCCUGUGUCAGGUCUUCUUUCAACAGAUCCAGCCCUGGGACUGCAGUCCACCCCAUCAUGAGCACUGUUGAGCAUCGAGGGGCUGCCCUGCCCCAGGGCCAGGGAAUUUGGUGGCCAUCCCGCCAGCUCCAGAGGCCCUCCGGCCCCUUGGUUUCCUUGGAAACAACAUACCUCCUCCUCCUUGUCCCCUUCCUUUUUCACACCUAGUGGGACACAGGAAGAAGCCAGGCCAGUGGCUUUGUCAGCUGGACAGCGACUUUCAGAGCGAUAGACAAUGGCUAGAAGUGCGGAACCGGCAAUGCUGGGCACACAUUUCCCGCAGCCUUGAGCUUCCAGCUGGGCCAGAGCGGCAUGCUCUGGACUGCAGCAGGCACGGGGCUGCCUCUGGACUUCUCCCCUUCCCUCCUUGCCGUGGCACUAACGGAGAGACUUAAAAGCAGCCGGGCUGGAAGCUCCGAGAGCAGCCACAGGGAGUCUGUUAACCAGACAUCUAGAAAUUAACGAUAGUUUUUGCCUGUGUAAGAAAAGACAACAUUGGUGCUAAAGGAGAAGCAAGGCCCAAACCUGGGCAGAGACGACCCCAGGGCUACUCAAGGAGACUGGAGGAAGACUCUCACAUCUGAGCAGGCUCGGGCUCCUGGAGGUCUUCGGCUGGUCUCCGGGACGUACAGCUGGGCAGGUUGCCCAGUGGACGAGGGCGGCUGCAGGGAACUGUGGAGGCUGCGUCCGCCCGCCCCGCCCGGGGAAGGGGCGCCUUUCCUGAUUUGCACAGAGGUACCGCGUGCUCUCCCAGUGGCCCGAGGACAAGGACCUCCUGCCGUGCCUGUAAGCCUUCGGUUCAUCCUCCCAGAUGUUCUAGACGUAUUACCUCUUCUUGGCCAGAAUUCUAUUCUCAGGGUGUGUAGCAUGGCUUGUCUGGUGAGAAGACAGCUUCCUGCUCGCAAGGAGAAGGCGGCCAGGGGACGGGCAUGGAGGCCAGCUCCAGGACACGCUGACUGCUGUGAAAACCUGGCUUUCCUUGUGUGUUGCCAUGCCAUGUCGUGAUGUGUGUGGGACCCACGUUGGUUGUUUCCCCUCUCCUGGAUGGAGGCUGUGACAGGCAGGAGGCUUUGUGUGCUUGAGUGCUGUCCACACAGACCAGGAUUGUCCAUACCGGCUGCCUGUCACCCGUCCCGGGCAGCUUUCCACCCAAGCUGAGCAGGAGAGAAGAUGGCCUAGCCCCUGGUGUCAACUUCAGAGAGCUGGCCAGGCCCAGGCUGCUCGCCCACCAGACCAUCCCGCCUGAUCCCAGUGGAAGGGGCCUCGCCACGCUGUUGCC